UGUGUAGCUGAAUCAUUUUUGCUAUACACCAGAAACUAACACAACAUUGUAAAUCAACUGUAUUUUAAUUUAAAAAAACAGAAAAUAAAUUGUCCCUGAGCCGUCCAUUGUGCUUAAGCUGAUGACUGGCAUAGAAACAUGAAAAAGACACGGCUCCCUUUUCUAGGAGAGUCCAUAUCUAAAAAGAGAAGUUAGCUAUGUAAACACAGUGUUAUGAAAUAUGAGCUAAACAUGGGCAGUAAGCAAGGCCGUGGAAGCAGCAGGGUGGCAAUGUAAGGCCUGAGGGACAAAGCAGUCGCUGGCGGGAGCUCAGAGCCCUGUGGUGGGUGGGAGGAACCACAGCUGAAAUGAGGUGAAGCCCCAGUCACUCAGGACUCCUCCCGUCAGCCUUCCUUAAAGUACUGGAAAGAAAGCGAAGGUGAUUCCUUCAAUCUUAAUUAUGUAACCAUUGGUUUGGGGGAGGGAGAUCCCUGGAUUGCUCCGAGUUGAUAUUGUGCCAACCCCCUAUCUUAAUAUAGAGCCCCCAGAUACGGUUUGCGUAAUUCUAGUAGGCUCCACCACCCUAGAUCCAAAUCUAUGAGCAUUUUAAAUAGAACUGAAAUCUAAUCUGUUUAAAUAACGGAUAAACACAGGGUCUUGAUGAAAAGAAAAUGAAGAAUGUUACCUCCCACCUCUGAGCUGUAAUUAGGAGUUUCCCCUAGGAAAAUACUUUGAGACUAGCCCUUCGUAGACUAAUGUAGUGUUUCUCAGCAUCUGUUUUACUGAAUCAUUUCAUGUAUUUUAAAAAAUAUUUUAAAAGAUGCUGUGAGAUUAAUGCUGCAUUUCCUAUUGAGAUAGUAACUGACAUUUCAAAGUAUUUGGUUGGCAGAAGUAGUAGAUAAUCAUCAGUCUUUCAAGGGAUUACCGGCACUUAAAAAUGCAUAUAGGUAUUUCAUUAGUUGGUUUACAUUUUCUGGGAGCUCUUUUUUUCUUGCAUCUUUUUACUCGUUUUUCUUUUUCUUUUUUCCUUGUCCGCGAAGUUGAGUCAGCAACAGAAAGAUAUUCAAAUUAGACUUGUCAUACAGGAAAAAAAAAAUCUGACUUUGUCAGGGUGGGUGGAGGGGGAAAAAGCAACUUUUUGUCAGUCUUUUGUAUUUCAGCAGCUGGAUUCAUCGCUGCCAUGGUAACGGACCACAUGAUGAGGUGUAUUAGAUUGCUGUGUGUUGAGCACAAGGGGAAGAAUGAACACAGCGUUUUAUUGAAGUUGAAGGUUACUUAGGAGUUUCUUCUGUGGAAGUGUGUAAGGUCAAAUACUAUAGCUUUCAGCAUAUGUAAUACUUUAGAGGAAGAAUUAGGGGCAUGCUGCUGCAUUUAACUACAAAACCAGAAUGAUUGAAGAUAGUGGGAAAAGAGGAAAUACCAUGGCAGAAAGAAGACAGCUCUUUGCAGAGAUGAGGGCUCAAGACCUGGAUCGUAUCCGACUCUCCACCUAUAGAACAGCAUGCAAGUUGAGGUUUGUUCAGAAGAAAUGCAAUUUGCACCUGGUGGACAUUUGGAACGUCAUAGAAGCAUUGAGAGAAAACGCUCUGAACAACGUGGACCCAAACAUGGAGCUCAACGUGGCCCGACUGGAGGCUGUGCUCUCCACCAUCUUUUACCAGCUCAACAAAAGGAUGCCAACCACACACCAAAUCCAGGUGGAGCAGUCCAUCAGCCUCCUGUUAAACUUCCUGCUGGCAGCCUUCGAUCCGGAAGGCCAUGGUAAAAUUUCAGUAUUUGCUGUCAAAAUGGCUUUAGCCACGUUGUGUGGAGGGAAGAUCAUGGACAAAUUAAGAUAUAUUUUCUCAAUGAUUUCUGACUCCAGUGGGGUAAUGGUUUAUGGACGAUACGAUCAGUUCCUACGGGAAGUUCUCAAGCUACCCACGGCAGUUUUUGAAGGUCCUUCAUUUGGUUACACAGAACAGUCAGCGAGAUCCUGUUUCUCUCAACAGAAAAAAGUCACCUUAAAUGGUUUCUUGGACACGCUUAUGUCAGAUCCUCCCCCGCAGUGCCUGGUCUGGCUGCCCCUUCUGCAUCGACUGGCAAAUGUAGAAAACGUCUUCCACCCGGUGGAGUGCUCCUACUGCCACAGUGAGAGCAUGCUGGGCUUUCGCUACCGAUGCCAACAGUGCCACAACUACCAGCUCUGCCAAGACUGCUUCUGGAGGGGGCAUGCCGGCGGUUCCCAUAGCAACCAGCACCAAAUGAAGGAGUACACGUCCUGGAAAUCACCUGCCAAGAAGCUAACCAAUGCGUUAAGCAAGUCUCUGAGCUGUGCUUCCAGCCGUGAGCCCUUGCACCCCAUGUUCCCUGACCAGCCUGAGAAACCACUCAACUUGGCCCACAUCGUAGAUACUUGGCCACCCAGACCUGUAACCAGCAUGAAUGACACCCUGUUCUCCCACUCUGUCCCCUCCUCAGGAAGUCCUUUUAUUACCAGGAGGUUACCUGAGGGGAUAAGUGCAUCCAGCCCUGUGGCUGAGGAGCAUUCACUCAUAAAGCUGUAUGUAAAUCAGCUUGACCACGGCACACGCUCUCCUCCCAAGGACAGUGAAGUCGAGCAGAGCAAACUGCUGGCUAGGGCUGCUCCAGCUUUGCUGAAGGGCAAAGGGAUAAAGUACAGCCUGAAUGUGGCAGACAGGCUAGCUGAUGAACAUGUUCUCAUCGGGUUGUAUGUCAACAUGCUCCGGAACAACCCAUCAUGUAUGCUUGAGAGCUCCAACCGGCUUGAUGAAGAGCACCGGCUGAUUGCCAGAUAUGCGGCCAGACUGGCGGCAGAGUCCACUUCGUCUCAGCCAACUCAGCAGAGGAGCGCCCCUGACAUCUCCUUCACCAUUGAUGCAAAUAAGCAACAAAGGCAGCUGAUCGCAGAACUAGAAAACAAGAACAGAGAAAUCCUACAGGAGAUCCAGAGGCUGCGGCUAGAGCAUGAACAAGCUUCUCAGCCCACGCCGGAGAAGGCACAGCAGAACCCCACUCUGCUGGCAGAGCUGCGGCUCCUCAGACAGCGUAAGGACGAGCUGGAGCAGAGAAUGUCUGCCCUCCAGGAGAGCCGGAGAGAGCUAAUGGUCCAGUUAGAAGGUCUCAUGAAACUACUAAAGGAAGAAGAAUUGAAGCAGGGAACUCAGGGGGCAGGCUCCCCCCGCUCCUCCCCUAGCCACACCAUCAGCAGGCCUAUUCCCAUGCCGGUGCGGUCCGCGUCCGCCUGCUCCACCCCGACCCACACGCCUCAGGACUCACUCACGGGGGUAGGGGGAGACGUACAGGAGGCGUUUGCACAAAGCUCAAGAAGAAAUUUAAGGAAUGACUUACUAGUAGCAGCAGAUUCCAUCACGAACACCAUGUCCUCUCUCGUGAAAGAGUUGAAUUCUGAGGUGGGAAGUGAAACUGAUAGUAACGUGGAUUCUGAAUUUGCACGGACACAGUUUGAAGAUCUGGUCCCAUCACCAACCUCUGAAAAAGCUUUUCUAGCACAAAUCCACGCCCGAAAACCUGGGUACCUUCACGGUGGAGCUACCCCGAGCACCAUGCGUGGGGACAUGGUUACAGAAGACGGGGACCCCUACGUGCGGCCAGAGGAUGAGAACUAUGAAGAUGACUCCGUCCGGCAGCUGGAGAAUGAGCUGAAAAUGGAGGAGUACCUAAAACAGAAGCUACAGGACGAAGCCUAUCAGCUCCACGUCAGCCCUGAGACCAGACUCAAGCACCCCUGUCCUGUAAACGAGACAAAAUGGCGUGCGUUAUUUUGGGUUUUCGUGUUUUUGGGCGGGUUUCUUUCCUUGGCUCUCCAAAUCUACUUUUGGGGCCUGUUCUAAGUGCAAACCCAGCAGGUGUCACCUGUCCUGUCCAUUACAUACAGUUCUGUCUGGCGAGGGUUGUUUCUUUCUUGUUCCACGAUGAAUUGCACAUCCAUCUCCAUUAGAGGUGAUGCCCUAUUAAUGAGCACUGGUCUAACACAGCCAACCCUCCCCCACGGCUAAUGUGAACGGAGGGAGGGAGGAGGGUGAAAUCUACUGUAGGGGAUUCAGGAAUCAGUUGUGGUUGGUCAGGACGGAAGUCGGGGUAAAUGUGGUUGGUCAGAGGGAGAUGUGCUGGAGAUUGUGAAAAAUGGAUUCUCGAGUGAUCUGCUAUAAGACAGGGAAGGUUCAUUUGUAAGUAGUAAUGUGAACUGAACUACAUAAGAGUGUGGCCUUUGUUGUGAUAUACUAUGUAUUUUCUUAUAUGCAUGAGCCAAACUGUUGCAUCAUAAUUUAGCACUGAUGUCUGCUUUUAUUUUGAUCAUCUUUGUCCAUCCUCAUUAGUUCUUGGCUGUUAACUGUAGGUAGACGUUGUAGAUCCAGCAGCCUUUGGUUGCUGCAGUCACCUUGGUUCGAUUCCGCACAAACAACUCCAUGUCCUCAGAAGAAAGGGCAUUUUUACCUUUGAACCAAAAAGAGGGAAAAAAACAAAAAAAGUCAGAGGUAUCAUAUCCUGAGGCUAAUUAACUCUAAGACAUUUUUAAUUAUGACUACUGUAAUUUGACGCCAUUUGAAGUAACCAAUUCAGAGACACUAAAGAUGUCACAACAUUCAUGGGUAUGUAACAAAACUACUAUUGUAUGGGUUUUUUGUAUUGCUGUUAAGUAUUGUUUUGUGUGUAUGUGUGUGUGUUGGAACCUCCUGGGGACAUGUUAUAUUUUGAAGUGAUUAAACUAUUUAAUUGUGUGUCUAUAUUUUGGAAUGGAAUUAUUUCUUCAUUAAAAAAUGUUUUUAAAAACACUA